AUGCGAAAAGGGCCGGUACUGCUGCUCCUAUCCAUCGUGUCUGCACAGCGUGCUGCGCUUGUGGAUCGGUACUUGCUGCCACUGCACACAAAAGGCCGGUACAUUGUAAACGUCAACAAUGAGCGGGUAAAGUGGGCUUGCAUCAACUGGGCAGGUGCCUACUCCAAGCCAGCCGUUGUUGGAGGUCUUGAAGUGCAGGAUCUUGCGAAGGUGGCAGGACGAAUUCGUGAAUUGGGCUUCAACUGCGUGCGGCUUUGCUACAGCACGGAAAACCACCUCUCGAAUCCUUUGGUUAAGGAUGAGGACGUCGCUGCGAACCCGGAUUUGAAAGGAAAGCGCUUCCUCUAUGUAUUUCAAAGGACUGUGGAGGCUCUCACCAAGGAAGGACUGAUGGUGAUCCUGAACAACCACAUCUCCAAGUCAGGCUGGUGUUGCAAUGUGAAGCAGGACGAAGGAUUCUGGUACACCGACCUAUAUCCCGAACGGUUCUGGAUUGAAAGCAUCGUCGGCAUGACGACACUCUUCCGGAACAACAGCCUCGUUGUGGCCUUUGACAUCCGGAACGAGCCGCACGACAUCCCAGGUCGCCAGAUGACAUGGGGUACCGACGAUGCAGCGGACUGGAAAGCUGCAGCG